UAUGUAGUUUUCCACGUUUUUCGAUGGCGUUUCAUACAUUAUAGCAAACUUAAACGAAUUCUUUUUUUCUCGCGCGAAUGACGGUGAAUGUUUUCAUAAUAAAAUUAUAUUGUAUCUCUUCUAGCGGCCCAGCAACCGUGAUUCGUCUGGGAGAACUCGCUCUGGACUCCUCAAACGAUGAAGCCUUCCCGGAGGACUUCAAUAUCGCCGAUUUGAUUCCUCAUCCAGACUACAAGCAAUCCUCGCAGUACAAUGACAUCGCACUGAUGAAACUGGACCGCAAGGUCAUCUUCUCACCCUACAUUCGACCGAUUUGUCUUCCGACCGAUGGUGAUCUAGGCAACGCGAGAGCCAUCGCCACCGGAUGGGGUACGAUCGGGUACGGCGAAUCGACCAGUGCGAUGCUGCUCAAGGUAGUACUGGAUAUGUUCCCCUUCGACGAAUGUGUCGGACACUUCGAUGUCAACAGACGCCUAAAGGAUGGACUUCGACAGGAUAGUCAGAUAUGUGCUGGAUCGCGAAACUCCUCCAAGGAUACGUGUCAGGGUGAUUCUGGCGGACCACUUCAAAUCUACAACGACGCCAACGUUUACUGUACAUACACAAUCAUUGGAGUGACCUCUUUCGGCAAAUACUGUGGCCUGGCCGGUUCUCCUGGAGUCUAUACCAAGGUGUACAACUAUAUUUCAUGGAUCGAAAAUCUUAUUUUCUAA